AUGGAAAACGCCGAAUCUACUCUGGAAACAAAACUUAAGCAACUUAAAAGGACAGAGGAUAAAACUGAUGGCAUACUUACUAGCGGAAAGCAAUCUACUAUAUCUAGACAAUUGACGAACUUAAAAGAACUUCUCACAGAAGUAGAGAACGCACGAAGAACGGUUGAAGGAGAGAAGAUAGCUGCGGAAGUUAGCGAUGACGAAAUCAGCACGUGGAAUGAUGAAAUUAACGCAAGAAUAGAAGAAGCGGAUGGUCGGAUAGAAACCCUCGAAGAAUGGUUGAUGAAACGGAAAACUGAAGCAGAAAACCAAGAGCGAGAAGAAAAGAUGCAGUUUGAAAUUAAGCUUCAAGAGACAAAGCUAAAAUUGCAAGAGAAUUUUCAGCUCAAAACAGGAAACCAAACCCUUUCCGCGGAAACGCCUGUCAGUCAAGCAAAACUACCCAAGCUGGUUAUUACCAAGUUUAACGGAACAUAUGCCGACUGGCCAAGAUUCUGGGGGCAAUAUUCCGAAUCCAUCGACAAAACAGACGUGCCGCCUGUUACUAAAUUCACGUACCUGCGUGAAUUACUGGACGUCAAAGUUAGGAGAACAAUCGAAGCGUUGCCACAUUCAACUGAAGGAUACAAUCGAGCCUUAUCAAUCCUUAAAGACCGAUUCGGAAAGCAUAGCGAAAUAGUAAAGGCCUACGUAAAGGAAAUUCUUGAGCUGCCUCACACACCCACCGGAAACCUCAAAAGAAUUCACGAAUUCUACGACAAACUUUCCUAUAACGUGCAGUCCCUCGACUCACUCAAAUCACUUCAUGAAGUGAAUGGGAUGGUUUCGUUGACGCUCGAAAAACUGUCGGCAAUCAGAGGGGACCUUGUACGAAACGAUCCAGAUUGGGAGACCUGGGAUUUCGUGAAGUUCACCGAAGCGCUCCGCCAAUGGACACGUCGAAACCCGAUUGAUAACUUCAGAUUAGAAGAUCCGUUGCCACCCAGGAGACGAGACCGCACGUUCCAAACUCAGCAGAAAAGGACACGCAAGUGUGUGUACUGUCAAGCAGAAAACCACAAGCCAUCAGAAUGUGGUAAAAUCACAUCACCGACAGAACGCAAAGAAUUUCUGGCAAUCAAGAGACUUUGUUUCAAUUGCACAGGACCUCACAAAUCGUCGGAAUGCAAAAGUACCGCGACAUGUCAAAAUUGCGGUAAACGACAUCAUACAUCAAUCUGCAGCUCACCAAAGGAAGUGAAAAGCGAAGGAGUUUUGACAGCUCAUCACCCAGAACACAACGAAGUCGUCUAUCCUAUCAUUCUUGUGGAGAUUGACGGAAUAAAAACACAUGCUUUGCUUGACACUGGUGCCGGAAGUUCGUACGCUUCGACUAAACUUAUCAGUCUUCUCAACAAAGGGCCUAAAGAAACAGUGACCAAAAGAAUAGAUAUGAUGCUUGGCUCUUCAACCACAAACGUUGAAAUUUAUCCAGCAACCCUUGCAGCAGUGAACGGAAAAUUUGACAUGAACAUUGAAUUAACGAAAGUCCAUAAGCCUCAACUCCUUACACUCGACAACCCUAAUUACGAAAAUCUGCUAAGUAAAUACAGUCACCUCAAGGGAGUCAAGAUUAAAGAUAACGACACAAGACCUCAAAUUCCAAUUCACGUAGUCUUAGGCGCCAGCGAGUAUGCCACAGUCAAAACAAGUACCGCACAAAGAGUGGGAAAACCUGGGCAGCCUGUGGCCGAGAGAACGCUCCUUGGAUGGACCUUAAUGUCACCGGGAAAAGAAGAUGUUGGUAGUCCUGUGCUCCUAACGCAGUCAGCCUUAACAGAUUAUGAACAACUGUGUGCCCUGGACGUACUUGGCCUCGCAGACACUCAUGAGAACGACCAACAGGCAGUUUACGAAGAAUUCAAAGAACAGCUUGAGAGAAACCCAGCCGGCUGGUACCAAACAAGGUUGCCAUGGAAAGGGACUCACCCUACACUGCCAACAAAUGAAACUGGAAGUAAGAGAAGAUUGGAGCAAUUAGUCCGGAAGUUAGAGCGAAAUGGUCAAUACGAAGAGUACGACUGCAUAAUUCAAGAACAACUUCAACAAGGAAUUGUGGAGCCAGCACCUGACAUUCCAACUGGAAAAGAGUACUAUAUCCCGCAUAAAGGAGUUGUCAGAGAGAACGCUGAAAGUACCAAGCUCCGAAUUGUGUACGACGCGUCAGCAAGAGAGAAAGAUAACCAGCCAUCCUUAAAUGACUGCCUCCACCCAGGGCCUCCACUCCAGAACCGUCUGUGGGACAUCCUCGUGAGAUCGAGAUUCUACCCAAUACUUCUAACGGGUGAUCUUAAGAAGGCAUUUCUGCAAGUUCGAAUAAAGAAGGAAGAACGAGAUUCCUUACGUUUCCACUGGAAACCCCCAAGCAGUUCCAAAACCACCAUCCUUCGUUUCACCCGAGCCCUAUUCGGAAUGACGUGCUCACCAUUCCUCCUCGGUGGAGUUAUCAAUGAGCAUCUCAACACUUGGGAAAGUCAUCAUCCCGAGCUGAUUAAAGAAAUUCGUGAUGGUCUAUAUGUUGACGACCUAAUGACCGGUGGCGAGACCGUCGAGCUCACUGCAGUGAAGAAAGUAAUCACCACAGAAGUGUUUAAAGACGCCACAUUCACCAUUCACAAAUGGCACUCUAACGCCUCAGAACUAGAAACAACCAGUGGCCCAUCAUCUGAAGAGUUGUCCUAUGCUAAACAGCAACUUGGAGGAACAAAACCCUCAGAAGGCAAACUAUUAGGCCUUCCCUGGAAUAGAGAAGAAGACACGAUUAGCGUCAUCAUCCAGAGCGACCAGACCGAAACGACCAAGAGAGGAGUGCUGUCUCACCUAGCCAAAAUCUAUGACCCUCUGGGACUAGUGUCACCGGUAACACUUAUUGGCAAACAGCUCUACCGCGACAUUUGUGACAGCAAAGUACCUUGGGAUACUCAACUUCCAGGACCGUUGCUGAAACGCUGGAAGGACUGGAACAAGACACUAACCGAGAAUUUCACAGCCCAGCGAGCACUUGCUCCCUUCCACCAACCGAUUUUGAGCGUCACAUUACACGCAUUUGGUGAUGCUAGUACAAAGGGCGUCAGUGCUGCAGUCUACGCUGUGGUCCAUCAAGAUCAAGGCGUCACUCAGCAACUAAUUUGCGCAAAGUCAAGACUCGCAAAGAAGUCCCUAACGAUACCAAGACUCGAGCUUGUUGCAGGUCAUAUGGCCGUUAACUUGGUAGCCAACGUACAAGCAGCCUUAAGUGUCCAACCAUACAGCACCCAUUGCUGGCUUGACUCAACCGUGGCACUCUACUGGAUCAAAGGACAAGGGGAGUAUCGGCAAUUCGUAUCAAACCGAGUGAACAAGAUCCAACAACACGGGUACGUCAGUUGGCAUCACGUCCCAACCGAAGACAAUCCAGCAGACCUGGGGAGUCGAGGAGGGAAUGUGGUCAACAACAACCUCUGGAAUCAUGGUCCAACCUGGCUUAGCGAUACUGCAAAAUGGCCACCUGACAUAAUACUCGAACCUACGCCCGAAACCAUGACUGAAGCCAAAGUGAAACGAGAAGUUCUCUCUGUUGCCGUUCCCAAACAAGAUGCUCUACACCACGUACUUAUUAACCACUCAUUACCAAGAGGUCUACGAAUUGGAGCUUGGGUCUGGCGAUUUGUUCAUAACUGCAGAGGAAAGCCACUGAAAAGAAGGAGUGGUCCAAUCAACACUGAAGAGAUUCAACAACAAGAGCUUUUUUGGAUCAAACAAGCCCAACAAUCGGCGCUCCAGCUAGCCAAUUUUGAAGAAGACAGACUGCAGUUAAACCUUCAGUACAACGAUCAGAAGGUCUUAGAAUGCCGAGGACGUAUCAUGGGAGAAUAUCCGAUCUAUCUUCCAGAUGAGCAUCCCUUCACUGCGAAGUUGGUCUUUAAUGCCCACCUUUCCACCCUGCAUGGAGGGGUUGGGCUCACCAUGGCAAAGAUACGCGAGAAAUACUGGAUACCCCGCCUACGACGCCUAGUAAAGAAGCUAAGAGGUAGCUGCUACGGGUGCAAAAGAUUCCGAGCCAGAACCUACCAAGCACCACCGCCAGGGAAUCUACCCCGAACCAGAACAGAAGGUUCAAGGCCCUUUCAAGUGAUAGGAGUUGACUUCGCAGGACCAAUACGCUACACGUCUAGAGCCAAAACCGAAAGCAAGGCCUAUUUGGUGUUGUAUGCUUGCAGAGCAGUUCACCUUGACCUGUCAAAAUCCCUGGAAACGUCAGAGUUCAUAGCGAGCCUCAAGCGGUUCAUAGCCCGAAGAGGGAGACCGGAAAUGAUCUAUUCCGACAAUGGAUCCACUUUCAAGGCCGCCGAGAAAUGGUUACUACAGGUGCAAAAAGAGGAAAGGUUCCAUGAGAUCCUAGCUGACCUGGCAAUUAAGUGGCGUUUCAACCUGAGUCGCGCCCCAUGGUGGGGAGGUCAAUUCGAACGCCUUAUUGGCCUAUUCAAAGGUGCCUUCUACAAAACCAUUGGCAAUGGGACUCUCCGCUGGCCUGAAUUGGAAGAAGUAGUACUUGACGUCGAAGUAGCGCUCAACAACCGCCCCUUGAGCUACCUCGAAGACGACAUCCAGCUUCCAGUGCUGACGCCCAACUCCAUGCUGAGCAUCAACCCAAAUUACCUCCCAGAACUACAAGCACACCAUGCACCAGAAGACGAUCUGAGGAAAAGGGCUAAAUUUCUAUUGAAGUGCAAGGAUGUUAUGUGGAAAAGAUGGACAGCAGAAUACAUGAGAAGUCUACGAGAGAGCCACCGUAGAGCAGGAGGGAAGCAAACGCCCCAUCACAACAUCGGAGAUGUCGUCAUCAUUCGAGGUGACAGCAAAAACUGUAACCAAUGGAAACUGGCAAUUGUCAUCGACCUCAUUCGAGGAAAGGAUAGCAUUGUUAGAGCAGCUAAGUUGAAAGUAGGCAAAGACCACCUCGAGCGUGCAUCCCAACACCUUUACCCUUUGGAGUUAGCAUGCACCCAAUGGCCAUCGAGUUCAACGCUCAACCCAUCUGCCCCCGAGUUCCAGGCAAAGCCUCGAAGGGAUGCUGCUGCUGCCGCAGCAGUUCGCGUUCAACAGAUCGCCGAACAAUCAGAACACUGA